AUGACCACGAAGUUCAAUGCGCUCGAGCUUCAACCCAUGCUGCAACGAUCGACACGCUUUCGAUGGGGCCAUGUCUCCCUGCCACUGUUAGCCUUGGUGGCGCUCAUGAUGGUGUGUCCAUGCCACUGCGUCGACCCAUCCAUCGCUAUCGACCAAACGUCAUCGGAAGUCCUUGUACAAGUUCGAACGCAAAGCCCCAUCAUUGGCGUGCAUUCGCACCAAGACCAGACCUCUGGGGAUGAGUUCAUUGCGGCGUCGUACAUCAAUUGUAUUGAAAGUGCCGGAGGCAGGGCGGCAGACCUGAUUCGCCUCGUGGCCAGCGUGAACGGUAUCCUUUUCCCAGGCGGCGACCCAGAGCCGAGCCCCACCGCGGCGUUUCUGUACGCCCGCGCGCUCGAUCUAAAUCGAAAUGGCACGUACAUCUCGUUGUGGGGAGCGUGCUUGGCCUUUGAGUGGCUGGUGCAGCUCCACACAGGAGACCUCCGCAUCCUCGACAACACGCAGAAGUUGAGCUUGACAUUGAACCUGUAA